AUGGUCUUUGAGGAUAUUCUGGAUCAAGUUGGGGGCCUGGGGAGAGCCCAUGUUCAUCAGAUUAUUUUCAUUUUUGUCAUUUUGAUGUUAUCGUAUCCUCAUGUUCUACUGGAAAACUUUAUUGCGGCCACCCCGGAUCAUCGUUGCUGGGUUCACAUCCUUGACAACAAAACUGUCUCAGCUAAUGAUACUGAUGGUCUCAAUCCUGAGGCCCUCUUGCGAAUCUCCAUUCCACUGGACACAAACCUGAGGCCAGAGAAGUGUCGCCGUUUCCUCCACCCCCAGUGGGAACUUCUUCACAUGAACAGGACCUAUACCAACGUAAAUGAAUCAAAUACAGAGCCCUGUGUAGAUGGUUGGGUAUAUGAUCAAAGUUUCUUCUACUCCACUAUUGUGACUGAGUGGGACCUGGUAUGUGAAUCUCAAUGGUUAAGAUCAAUGGCUCAAUUCCUUUUGAUGAUUGGGUCUUUGGUUGGGGGAAUAAUAUACAGUUAUUUCACAGACAGGUUUGGACGGAAGUUAGUAUUCAGAUGGUGUUUCCUCCAGUUUGCCAUCUCAGAGACGUGUGUGGCCUUCGCUCCCACCUUCCUCGUUUACUGCGUCUUACGCUUCUUGUCCGGACUCUGUAUCACAAAUGUGAUGACAAAUGUUUUCCUCCUCAGGUCAGAAUGGACAUUGCCCAAAUAUCAGGCAAUGGAGAUGUCCCUGCUUUACAGUGCCAUCAGCAUCGGGAAUACGCUUCUGGGAGGCAUUGCUUUCGCCAUCCAGGACUGGCGCACACUGCAGCUGGCUGUUUCUGUACCUUGCCUUGUCCUCUUUGUCCUCUCCAGGUGGCUGAUAGAGUCUGCUCGAUGGCUGAUUGUCACCAACAAACUGGAAGAGGGCUUAAAGCUACUGAAAAGAGUUGCCCACAUAAAUGGACUAAAGAAUAUUGACGAGACCCUGAAUGAAACGUUUGUGAAAUCCACCAUGCAGGAAGAACUGGAUGCAGCCCAGAUCAAAACAUCAUUUUUUUCUAUAUUCCGGUCACGCACACUUCGUUUAAGAAUCUGCUUCUUGUUCUUUCUGAGAUUGGUAAACCAAUUAAGCUAUUAUGGGCUGGUUUUUCACUUGCAGCACUGGGGGAGCAAUAUUUACCUGCUUCAGGUCCUCUUUGGAGUCACCACCCUCCUAAGCAGAUAUACUGCCUUUGUCACACUCAUUUGUAUGGGUCGUCGAACCAACCAGCUGUUAUUCAUGUCAUUGAUGGGAUUUUUCAUUCUGGCUGCCACCUUUGUUCCCCAAGAAAUGCAGAUACUGCGUGCAUCUUUAGCAAUAUUGGGAGCUGGUGCCUCUGCGUGUGUCAGUACUACUCUUUCCAUCCACAGUACUGAACUCACGCCCACCAUAUUCAGGGCGACAAAUGGAGCACUCCAGACAAUCGCUGCUAGAAGCGGUGCCUCCCUGGCUCCCCUCUUGAUGACCCUGGUGAUGUUUUAUGCCCCGCUACCCUGGAUCAUUUAUGGACUCUUGCCCUUCCCAGCUGGUUUCCUUGUCAUGCUCCUUCCGGAAACCAAGAAUCAAUCACUUCCUAACACCAUGCAGCAUGUGGAAAAUGAGUAA